AUGCCGACUCCACCGCCGCCGCCGCCGCCGCCGGGGGCGGGAUCCGGCCCGGGGCUUGGGGCGUCUUCCUGCCGGCGGAUGUUGCUGCUCGCCGCCGUCCUCUUGGCAACACUGUGUCCAGCGGCGGCCAUCGACUGCUUCAAGUGCGUGUCGGUGAACGGCAGCUACCGGCCGUGCGACGACCCCUUCCACAACAACUACUCGGACAGCAUCCUGGAGGCACCCUGCAUGGGCGGCCGCAAGGGCCGCAACGGCGUCUUCCCCGCCACCGCCUGCAUCAAGCUCGUCGGCGUCUUCGAUAAUGGAACACGUAUCACAGUUCGCACAUGUGCCCUGGACAGUGGUACACUCACUACUGACACUGAAAUCAUCCGCAUGUCUCAUUGUGGAGGUUUCUACUUCGAUGGCGGCUACGUCCGUGGUUGCCUUCAGAGCUGUGAUGAUGCUGAUGCUUGCAAUGUGGCACCAGUGGCAAUGACAUCAUUGCCUAUAGUGCUUAUGGUUUCAUCCAUUCUUACAUUCGUCAUCACGACUUUCAGAUAAUAGUGAGCCCUCACCAGUACACCAACACAUCAGUUGGAACUACUAUCUUCCAAAAGGUCCAACUGUGCAACAUGAGCUGAGUGGUUCAUUAAAUCCUAUAAAAACUCUCUUCCCAAAAGUACUUAAUGUCAACACAGGAGAAAUGUGGACUGUUUUGUAUGGUGAACAUAAGGAAGAAAGUGGAGGCCUUUUGCUAUAAUGUGGACAAUAACACACACUGCAGCACCAAGCAGCUCUCUCUCACUUAAUGAACUAUCAAGUGCACAAGUUACUCUUGCACUAAAAUUAAAAAAUGCACAAACCACCAACAAGUGUUGUGCACAAAAUAUAUUUUACAUAAUUGUAUGUA